GCUGCCGGCGGAAUCCCCGGCUUCUGCGGCAGAGAGUGGCCCGGCCGGGCGCCGAGCGUGCGGGGCGGGAAAGAAGAGUUGAGCGUCCGCUCCGGCGCCGGGCUCGGUCGGCCGGCCGCAGCCCCGUGGGGUCGUCCUCCUGGGCCUCGCCGGCGGGCACCCUGGCUGUGGGCACCUGCGGCGCGCACGGCGCGGGGCCGCUGGGCGGCGGCAUGAAGGUCACGUCGCUCGACGGGCGCCAGCUCCGCAAGAUGCUUCGCAAAGAGGCGGCGGCGCGCUGUGUGGUGCUCGACUGCCGGCCCUACCUGGCCUUCGCCGCCUCGAGCGUACGCGGCUCGCUGAACGUCAACCUCAACUCGGUGGUGUUGCGGAGGGCCCGCGGCGGCGCGGUGUCGGCGCGCUACGUGCUGCCCGACGAGGCGGCGCGCGCGCGGCUGCUGCAGGAGGGCGGCGGCGGCGUGGCGGCCGUCGUCGUGCUGGACCAGGGCAGCCGGCACUGGCAGAAGCUGCGCGAAGAGAGCGCCGCCCGCGUCGUGCUCACCUCGCUGCUCGCCUGCCUGCCCGCCGGCCCGCGGGUCUACUUCCUCAAAGGGGGAUAUGAGACUUUCUACUCAGAAUAUCCUGAGUGUUGUGUGGAUGUAAAACCCAUUUCACAAGAGAAGGUUGAAACUGAGAGAGCCCUCAUCAGUCAGCGUGGGAGAUCAGUGCUCAACAUCAGCUACAGGCCGGCCUAUGACCAGGGCGGCCCAGUUGAAAUCCUUCCGUUCCUUUACCUUGGAAGUGCCUAUCACGCAUCCAAGUGCGAGUUCCUUGCCAACCUGCACAUCACAGCCCUGCUCAACGUCUCCCGGCGGACCUCCGAGGCCUGCACGACGCACCUACACUACAAAUGGAUCCCCGUGGAAGACAACAAUGUGGCUGACAUCAGCUCCCACUUUCAAGAAGCAAUAGACUUUAUCGACUGUGUCAGGGAAAAGGGAGGCAAGGUCCUGGUUCACUGUGAGGCUGGGAUCUCCCGCUCGCCCACCAUCUGCAUGGCUUACCUCAUGAAGACCAAGCAGUUCCACCUGAAGGAAGCCUUUGAUUACAUCAAGCAGAGGAGGAGUGUGGUCUCGCCCAACUUUGGCUUCAUGGGCCAGCUCCUACAGUAUGAGUCUGAGAUCCUGCCUUCCGCGCCCACCCCUCAGGCUCCCUCCUGCCAAGGAGAGGCAGCCGGCCCUUCAUUCCUCGCCCACUUGCAGACACUGAGCCCUGAUGUGCAGGCUUCAUACUGCACGUUCCCUACCUCGGUGCUGGCCCCAGUGCCCACCCACUCGACAGCCUCAGAGCUCAGCCGGAGCCCCCUGGCCACAGCCACAUCCUGCUAAAUCCGAGCUGGGGGAGCCAGCCCAGCCCCAAGAACAACUGUGAUUUUGUAUUUUGACUUGUGGACAUUUCACACCUGUGCAAUACUGAAGACCUCACCCUGUCCUGCUGUCCUGGUGGGACAGCGAAGGGGUCACUAGGUUUGCAGACCAACUUGAGACUGACCUCGGGACUGAAGGAAGGCCAAGCCAUUAUGAGAGCACAGUGCGUGCUGACUACUGUACUUCCAGACCCCCGCCCUCAGGACUGCCCAGUCUUUGCACCUCAAAAUUCGCCUUUUCAUUUCAAGCAUAAGGCAAUAAAUAACCUGCAGCAACAUGGGAGAAAGCAGUUGCUAGACCAGGAGAAAAGGCAGUCAUGAAGCCAAUUCAUUUUGAAGGAAGCACAAUUUCCACCUUUUGUUUUUUUUUUUAAUUUUGGCAGUCUCUAUAUCUGUCUCUGUUGCUUCAGAGCAUAAGCUGAUCACCACCUAGUCAGGAAAGUAACCCUGCAGGGUUUUAGGGACAUGAAAUAUAUGCCGAUUUGAACCCUCGGAUGCUUUUGAGACUCUGUCUUGGAUCAAGUGGAGUCAGCUGGGUGAAGUAGUGAGACGGGAACACUUCCGGUUUCCUUCUCACUGUGGGUUCUUCCCUGACUUUGGACUUGGGCAUGAUUCUUAUUCAUACUUGAACCUUUCUCGUUGCACCUCUCCUCAAAGCAACUCUUGUGUCAUUUGAAAAGAGUUCUUCAGACCAUAGACCAAAAAUCACCCAUUUGAGGUGGUGGCAGUGGGUGCCACGAGAGAGAAAGGGUACCCACUUCCUGGGUCAGUGGCAUUGAAACGGUCGUCAGCCCAGCUUGCUGUCUUUAUAUGUGCUUGUCUCAUCUCUGAUGACACUUGUGUUUUUCCCUGCCCCUGGGGGUUGUCUUCAAGCUGUUGACUUCUGGGAUUUGCAGAUUUCUCAAUGUGGUACUACUUUUUUUGUGUGUCUAUAGGUUAUUUCUCCAGGGGAAAAGGCAAUAAUUUCCUAAAAUCCAUAUGAAUGUGAAGAAAAGCAGUAUGUUACUGGUUGUCGUCGUCUUUUUUUUUUUUUUUUUUUUUUAAUAGUGCAAAAUAAAAAUAGUAAAAAGAACAAAAGUGCUUCUUCAUAUUGAUGAGUUCAGGCAGGGGUACAUUGAGGUGGGGACCCAGCCUACUUUUCUGGGCUCUAUCCAAAUGAACUCUUAAGGUGAUGGUGGUGAGUGUGCAGGCAUGAGGCUGUUUGUCUACUCAAUGCUUUCCAGUUGGGAGGCUUUCCUGAGUUCGCUUGCAAGAGAAUUCUUAGACCCAGGCCACAUGGGGAGGUGGUCAGAGCAUCUCUCCACCCUGAGCUCUUCACUCCCUUAAGCCCCAGGUAAAGAGUUCAACUUGAACCUCAGCUUUCUCAUCCAUGAAAUAAGUGAACUAAGCUAGAUGGUCCCAAAAGUUCCUCAGAACCUGAGACCCUUGAUGGCAGCAAACCUGAGUGGCAAGCUUGUGGUCAGCCUUCUCCCCGGUACCUGCGUAUGGCAGACUCGAAGAAAAGUAUGGAAAAAUACCGAGGGACAAAUAAGCGAAUGAAGUGAAGGUCUGCUUUAAAUGCUUGUUCUUUUUUACCCUUGGGAUUAAUUCUUAUAGAUAAUUCCCUGAGGAGUUCCUAGGUAAAUCCUUCCAUGAGUGGGUUUAAAUCCAAGGCUGAAUCAGCUUGCCUUCUGAGUAAUGUCCUCUGUGUGGUGGAGGAGGGAAGGGGCAGUGUUUGCUUAUCCCCGUGGCUUAUGCCUCUGCUCCAGCCUACUCUUGGGGACUGUUGCCUAAUCAUGAGGAACAGGAAACUGACUGGGAUUGACAUCACACAUUCCCAACACAGGGAUUCUAAUCCAUACUCCUUGACUAUGGGGUGUCCAAAAGCCUCCAGCUCCCCCAGCAGGUGCCAUGUCCGCAAAUAGCAAGCUGGCGUCCAAGCCAAUAGCACUUUCUAAAUGUCUCACCUCAAAAGCUCUGCUUGAGGCCUUGCUCCCCACAGAACUUUCCUUCCCCACAGAUUCCUUGGAAAGACCUCAGGUAAGAAUGUCACCCCUACUGGGGAAGCUGCUUUACCUUCAGCAUUUACAUAAUCCAACCAGGGCUUUCAGAGGAAGCAACGGAGGGAAGAGCACUGGACAGGAAGGGAAAUCCUGGCUUCUAACCCUCACCCUGCCCCAAGUCUAGUGCUUUAGAGCUAAUCUAUAAUCUUGCUGGACCAGAUGUUAGGGCUUGGUCCACCUGAGGUCUCUCCCUGCUUUCGUAUCUCUGAGCCUCCGUUCAGCCCUGGAAUGUGUCCCAUUGUGUGAGUCUGUCCAGGUGCUGAGUGGCUGGAGGGGCCUCAGGCAGGGAGAGGCAGGGAGGGGGAAGCUGGGUGCAGGCUGGGGUGAUACGCUAAGCCGCGUCCCACUUGCUGACAUUUGCUUUAUUGCAUUAAGGUCUUUCUCUGAAGGGUGAGUAAGUCCUCUAAAUCAGGCGUAUGAGGAUUGCUCAUAAGCCCGUGAGUCACUGGCGGGUAAGCCAAGUGAAGCCCCACAGCUGGGGAUGGCUCUGUAACUCUCACUCCCUUACCAGUCUCCUUAUUAAUUACCCUUCCAUUUUUGCCAAAGCCAACUUUACACGGGCUUCCGGAGCCAGAUGCGGAAUUAAAUCUGGUGUGGUCCAGUUCCUUCAUCCCCAGGUUUUGAAGCAACACCUCUGCUGGUCUGCAGCAGUGCUCCAGGAGGAGAUGUGUCUGGGAGGAUAGAAAUGUUCAUUCUCUAAGCUGUUUGCCAGCUGAUUCUGAGGGUGAGCCCCUCAGGUCUACCCUGGCUCCUGAGCCUGACCUGACCUAGGGGCAGGAAGUGUAAGAGCAGCUCACACCAGUGUGCUCACCAGAGCCCUGUAUACCCAUCGCGCUCCUUCGUGUGAGGACCCAGGGAAAAAGCACCCCAGGUCUCAGCACCCUGGAAGGCCGCAUCUCACUGAGUUCAUGGUGGUUUAUCUUCCCAACCCCAUAAAGUUGGUGACCGCCCCUGUUUCCCUCCUUCCUCAGGCCCCCAGGCUGUUCAGAACCAAAUGUUUAGCCUACCUUUGGCAAUUUUAUAGGACUUUAUGGCAUAUGUUUUGGGUAUUGACUCCACCUGGUUUCCAUUAAAAUUUUCCAACUGUA